ACAUUGCACCAGCACCAUCAUACGAUUAUAAAGGUUAGAAUGGUGGUUGUAUUGUUGGCUGUUAUUUUACCAAUUCUCUUUCGCUUUAUUAUACCGAGGGUAAUUCCCCCUCAUUUAGGAAUCUAUGCCAGACCUGGUGGAAUUCUAUAUUAUUUGAAAUUUGUGCUUUUCUUACUAAUAGUCAAACUUAGAAGGUUUAGAAGUUCCAGAUUAUCAAACGUUCAAGGAGUAAGUGCUGGAUAUGGUCAAAGAUCAAAAUUUACUAUUGAGGAGAUGGAUAGAGCACAGAUCCUACCUAAUGACGAACCCAAGGCGGUUGAUGCUGUUUACUUUACCGGAGCUAACGAAAAAGGGGAAUACAUAGUAGCGGCUACAGCGCGACGACAAAGAAACUUAAAUCAGGCUUUUCUAUUUAUUCGUUUGCCCCAUAUAGGCCUAUUACAAAUGCCCCACCAACCCGAUACCCACUGUAAAGCUGAUGAUGAAAAUAAGUUUUGGUCUAAUGGCCUGAGGAUAGAUAGUAUAGAGGCAAUGAAAAAGUGGAAAAUAUCUUAUGAAGGAAACAUGAAAUUAUCCUCAGGAAAAGAAGUUUUUGUUCGUUUAGCAGCUGGCUGGGAGGCGAUAAUGCCUUAUUUCGACUUUGACACUGAUAUUCCAGCUUCAGCUGUUAGUAGAGCAAUUGCUCAAGAAAAGUGGACAAAAGAUAGAUUCGAAAGACUUCGAAAAGCUCAUCAAACACACCACGAACAAUUUGGCAAAUGGACAGUUAGCCUGGAAAUAGAUGGUGAAAAACGCGAUACAAUCUUAUAUGGCGUUAGAGAUCACAGCUACGGAAACGUAAGAGAUUGGAGAGACAUACAUCGAUAUGCGCUUCAGUAUUGUUAUUUGGAAGAUGGUACAUGCAUUGGUCUUUUGUGCAUAUGCAUGCCAAAAACAAUGAGUCGUCUAAUAGCUGGUUAUGUCUCAAAAGAUAACAAAAUUGAUUCUAUAACCGAUUCCAGCCUACAGCUAUGGUCAAUGGGAGAAAAUGGCAAACCUCCAAAUGAUUAUGGUUUUGAAAUAUUCACCGAGUCUGGUAAACAGUACACCUUGUUCUGCAAAGUUAUUGAAUCACCAACAGUGUAUAUAGACGGUGAAAACGACAUUAGACAUGGCAGAAUUCAUGAAAGGAUGGCAACAUAUAAUUUAGAUUCAUUAAAAGGUUGGGGUAUCAGUGAGUGGGCAUAUGGCUUAGAAGAAGACAUUCGACUAAAGACCGACUUUAUAUCAUAA